AUGGCACAAGGACUCUGGCCAAACCAGGAGGGCGCAUCGCCCGACCUCAAUCUGCCCCAGCAGGAGCGGGUCGAUCGCCAGAUGAUUCGACACCUGCUUGGUAAAUACUCAAGAGAAGAGCUAGGGCGAUUGCUACAAGAAGAAGGACGCAUGUCACCAUCUUCAUCAUAUGAGGAAAGAUCUUUUAUGCUUUCCAGCAGCAACAUGUCCAGCGGCAGCUCGCACGACGAUUCAAACAUGUUCGAUUCAACAAGCAGCAACAACGCAUUCUCAGAUACAUCAUCCACAUGCGGAAGCGUCACUUCCAACGUUUCACCUCGAGCGAGUCACCGUCGCAAGCCUAACGCAAGCCCGUCGACAACCCGCGCCAGCAUAUCUCUUACUGACGAAUCGUCAUGGGAUGUCGAGGAUGCUACACCUGCAGCAUCGGCUCCGAAGCAAAAGGGGUCGUUCACUUGCGGUUUCUGCCUUGAAGAAGGCAUUCAAAAGACAUGCACCCGCAAAAAUGACCUGAAGCGCCAUAUGGAAGACUUUCAUCACACCAACGCACAGUGGUUCUGCCGCCACCGAGGCUGUCAAAUGGUCUUUGAUUGGCAAACCGCCUACAAGGCUCACCUGAAGAACUCUCAUGGGGGAUCGCGGAUGAACCUGGAUGACGCCAAGGUUCCGCUUUGCCCACAGACUGUGUUUGCAUGCGGCUUUGAGAACUGUCUCCAAGUUUUUGAGGCGCCAAGCGACGUACACGCGGGCCCCACAUUCAAGGAGUACGUGAGCCACGUUGUCAAGCACUUUGACGAAGGCGCAAGCAGCGGCCAGUGGAGCUACUCGGCUAGGAUGCGGAAUCUACUUAGGCAAUCUAGCGUGCUGAACGCCUGGUCGCAAUCACUGUGGCCAGAUGGUGAUCCGAGCCGCCUGCGAUGGAACUCCCAGACCAGCAGUGUCCUGCGAAAACGCCUGGAGACGAGGCAUCUUGGCGAUCUCCAGUUUCUCGUUCAAUACGCCAUUGCGCUGGGGUCGAGUCCCAAUGGUGCGAUUCAAAACUUUCGUGCGGACUUUGUGACCCCAAUCCGUAGCGAGUGUCGGAUGGCGAUCCAUGGCCACAGCAGGGCCUCCGCAGCACCCACCCCAGAAGCAGACCACAUGCAAUACAGCAUGUCAACGGGUGCCAACCCAGCAAUGAUUGCAUAUUACCAGCGGCACGCGUACAUGCCCCAGCCGGCGCAGCCGCAGCUGCACUCUUCAGGCUACCCUUUUCACAAUGCGCCUCCCUCUCCAGGAUAUGACGCCCAGCAACAAGCUUUGCAGCAGCAGCAGCAGCAGCAACAACAACAACAACAACAGCAGCAGCAGCAGCAGCAACAAUCGCAGCAGUACAUGGGAAUGUCCGAUGCGCCGAUGGUUGGGUCUGAUUACGGUCCACAUGCGAAUGGCAAUCUCCAGACUAUGCCUGCUGCUUAUGCCACCAACGGCCUGCACAGUCCCGCACCUACGGAUAUAUGCGGAACCGCGAGCCCGGGCUCAAGCAUGGAACAGCGGACUAAUACGUACGCAUACAACUCUUCGCCGUAUGCGUAUUAA